AUGCGUUGCUCAACUGUUUCCGCUUUGAUGAUGGCCGCCUUGAUCGGCGACGCCGUGGCUGGUCCUACUCACCUUCAUCUUCACCGUCGUGCUCACCAGAAGAAGGAUGUUGACUGGGAGUCUCUCGAUUGGGACAACAUGGGAAUCGACUGGAAGUCCGCAUACGAAGCUGGACAGGCUAAGCCAACCUCCGAGGCCCCAGCUGCCGUCGCAACUCCUACUGUCGCCGCUGCGAAGCCCGCUGCUGCAACUCCAUCUGCUAAGUCCAGCGCCGCCGACACUGUCAGCGCCAGCUCUGUUGUCUCUGAUACUGCUUCCGAUGCCUCGUUGUUGGGUGGUUUGAUCGGUGCUUCAAAUUCCCGCACAUCGUUUGGGACUCCUUCAGCUGAGCAAGGACAACUCGGCGAUUUCUACCGUGGAAACUGUGGUAUCCCGUACGGAUCGAACAUCAUCAAGGUGUCCUCCACUUCUGGAUACGACUUUACCAAUACCUUCGUCAACACUGGUUCCAAGACCAUGGUCAUCAACCUCUGGAACAAGAUUGGUCCUGAUGGACAGAUUCUCUCUGGCUCAGCUCUUGCGCCAAAGGACACUACUCUCACUUUUGCCCUGAAACCAGGAAAGUCCCAGAUUGUUGCUUUCCAGGACAACACACAAAUGGCCUGGGCUGAAGUCACAUCUGACCUUACUGCCUCCGGCGCAUAUGCGACCGUUUGGGGUGAGGCUCAAUUCCGUUCCCAGGGCAGUGGAUUCGACUACUCCGCCAUCCUGAGCAAGAACAGCAACAACUAUGAUAUGACGAUCACUUCCAAGGAGAACUCCUGUGUAAGCUCAAGAACCGAGAACUUCUGGUUGGCCGAGUACACUCCCAUUGGAGGCAGUGACGGAAGCUGCUACGUUCCAGGUACUACCAUGCACUUGACAACAAAGAUGGGAGGAGUUAUCUCGUAA